AGAGUGGGACGCUUCAAUGGCGUUGAUAGGUUUCUUGGAGAUAUUCUUGGCUGGGAUUUGCUUUGCGGUCCUUCGUCUUCUCAGCAAAAGCGACGAUGGGCUCCCCAAAAACUGGCCGCUUGUGGGGAUGCUACCGGCGCUCUUGCUCAACCUGAGCCACUUCCACGAAUGGGCCACCGGCUUUCUCGAGCGGAGCCACGGCAACUUCUUCCUCCGGUUCCACUGGUUUUCUGGCAUGGACAUGCUGUUCACUGCUGAUCCCGCCAACGUCCACUACAUCUUGAGCGCCAACUUUGGGAACUUCCCGAAAGGACCCGAGUUCAAGAGGGUGUUCGACGUUUUGGGCGACGGGAUCUUCAACUCCGAUUCCAAUCUGUGGAGUACGCAGAGAAGGGUCGCUCAAGUGUUUAUGAAAGACCUACGGUUCCAUCGGUUCUUGUUGAUGACGACUAGGGACAAGCUGGAGAAUGGUCUGCUCAGGGUACUCGACGAAUUGUCUCAGAGUGGUGUUACGGUGGAUUUGCAAGUUUUGUUCCAGAGAUUCACCUUAGAUUCUGCUUGCAGAUUCGUCACGGGAUUUGACCCCGGUAGCUUGUCCGUCGAAUUCCCAGAAGUCCUAAUUUCCAAGGCACUUGAUGAUGCCGAGGAGGUGCUCUUCUAUCGCCAUUUUUACCCUGAGUGGUUCGGUACUCUGCAAAGGUUGUUGGGGAUUGGAGUGGAGAAGAAACUGAGAAAAGCUUGGGAAGAUGGAGACCAAAUUCUAGGGAAUUGCAUAGCAAUGAAGAGAGUUGAACUGAGAGAAGGAACCGGCAAAGUGAAGGGAGAUGAAAAUGGUGCAGAUUUAUUGACAUUGUAUAUGGUGGAAAAUGAGACAUUGGGCGCUUUAGAAUGCAAUGACAAGUUCCUUAGGGAUACGAUUUUAACUUUCAUUAGCGCAGGGAUAGAAACUACUGGUUCAGCUCUCACGUGGUUUUUCUGGGCUCUUUCGAUGAACCCGUCUGUUGAAAUGAGAAUCAGAGAGGAGAUAAGAUCUGUAAUCCCGAAGGAAGAACAAAAUCUGAGGGUUUUCAAUAUUAGUGAGCAUAUGCACAAGCUGGUAUAUUUACAUGGCGCGGUGUGCGAAUCUUUGAGGCUAUAUCCACCGCUUCCAUUUCAACGCAAGAGCCCUGCAAAGCCUGAUGUCCUUCCUAGUGGACAUGAAGUUGAUCCCGGCACGAAGAUAAUCGUCGUUAUGUAUGCAAUGGGGAGGAUGAAAUCAAUAUGGGGAGAGGAUUGUUUGGAAUUUAAACCGGAGAGGUGGAUUUCGGAGAGAGGAGGAAUUAGGCAUGAGCCAUCUUACAAGUUCGUUGCAUUUAAUGCCGGACCAAGAACUUGCUUGGGAAAAGAUGUGGCUUUCACUCAGAUAAAAACGGUUGCGGCCACUGUAAUACAUAACUACGAGGUUCAUGUUGUGGAAGAUCACCCUGUGAGACCUUCUAUUUCUAUCGUACUUCACAUGAAAUAUGGAUUGAAGGUGAAGCUCGCUAGGCGAAGGCUUUAAGGGGACAAAUGACAAGGAAUGUUAUGGCUAAAAACUGUGUAUCUAUGUAUGCAAAACAUGUCCGAGUAUUUAUCUACCGCUUGUUUUUACAUUUCCUAUCGUGUACUGUUAUUUAUAUAUGCACUACAAGUUACAGCUUUAACAAGUCAUGCAGCAUACAUGAGCCUUCA